UUUAACACCGAAUUGAAGUCGUACAUUUUCGCUCUCCAUGUCAUCUUUAGUGCAGCCAAAUUUUGCAUUUUUAUUACACUCCCAGCGUGAAUAUUAAAUAUUGUUUUGUGUACAUUUCUCGAUUAUUCGUUGAUAUCUAAAACAGCCGAACAAAUGAUUCACACUCCGAGUAUUCGUUUCAGACGCAUUCGUUACCUUAUUUAACUUAUCAAUUUAAACUUAUUGGAUUGAUAGCUAUGGAAACACGAUGGAAUAUUUCUACUCCUCGAUAUUGUAUAGAUACGAUUAUUUUGACGUUUCUUGCUGGAGAAAAAUGAUAGAUACGGUAGAUAUUUCUGAUGUAUUUUUUUAGUUUUCUCAAUCAACAUGGUGCUGACAACUUGGCAAAGCCUGAAUUCUUGGUAAUUGUUAGUUGUCAUUGAAACUUCAUCAUGUUGGAGCAUUUCCCUUCUGCGACUUUGUUCAUACUCGUUGUUUUUCUUACCGCUGUUGUCUUAGCGAAGAAGAAUGGCACAAACGCGACAAUUUGUCUAAAUGAAAUAAAUUCUAUAAAGAAGUUAUUUGAUUCAGCUGUGUAUGAUAAAGCAAUGCGCCCCUGUGAAAAUGAUAAACCAGUUGUUGUCAAAGUUGGAAUCUAUAUUGUGUCGAUAAAUAGCAUUAAAGAAUCGGAUAUGCAGUUUGAUAUGCAAAUGUACUUCCGUCAAACGUGGAGAGACCCAAGGUUAUCUUAUGCUGGUCUCAAUCUCACAAAAAGGGAUUACAUUGGAUUUUCUCCAGGUUUUGUUUGGGAGAGAAUCUGGCUUCCAGAUGCUUACUUCGAAAACGAAAAAGGAGGAAAGUUUCACACAAUUAUGAGAGACAAUAAAUUUCUACGAUUGUAUCAAGACGGUUCAGUCUUUUAUAGCACAAGAUUAACCCUGACGCUAUCUUGUCCAAUGGAAUUCUCCUAUUUCCCAAUGGAUCAUCAAAAAUGCGAACUGAUCAUUUUGAGUUAUGGCCACACGACCAAAGAUAUUAUCUACAAAUGGCUGACGGACAACGUAGAGACAUCAGUGUUCAGAAAUGAGUUUGUCAUACCACAAUUUGAUAUUGAAAAGAUCGACAUCUCAAGCAAAAUCGCUCAGUAUACUGUAGGGGACUUCAACGUGCUCAAACUUCAUAUCUAUCUUCAUCGUCGCUUGGAGUUCUACCUGACCCAUAAUUACAUUCCAGCAAUAUUGGUUGUUAUCAUUUCAUGGUUGUCUUUCUUCGUUGAUCGUGAUUGUGCACCAGCAAGGGUUGGAAUGGGCAUCACCACUAUCCUAACGAUGACAACUCUUCUUAUUGGCGUUGGUCAACAAGGCCUUCCUGUUGUAUCCUAUAUUAAGGCUUUGGAUUGGUAUUAUAUUGGAUGUUUUAUUUUCGUGUUCGUCGGCCUUUGCGAAUACAGUGUUGUGAACUACUUCAGCACGAAACACAGCAGAUUUUUGAAAAAACAACAACUUAUAGAAGCUGCUAGGAGUAUAGAGAAGGGAAGAGAGGAAAUGCUACCUACAAACUGCUUGGAAAACUAUGGUUUUGACUUUGGUACUGCAGACUCGACAUUUCCCUCGUCCCACGCCUCUCAUGUGUCAGAUGAACCCGAAGUAAAACACGAAUCACUUGAGAAUGGCGUGAGCAUGUUGGAGAUCAGUGAGACCAUCGAGAAUUGUUUGAGAAUUCUUUAUCCUAUUUUAUUUAUCAUUUUCAACGUAGUGUACUGGAUGGCAUUCAAAACAUCGUCAAUAAUGUAAAUUCCAUUCGGCUACUUCUGCUCUAGCUACGGCCGUUUCAGACAUCGAAUUGCUCGGAUUGAAUACAAAUGAACCUCAAGAAAAGAAAGCCUUUAUUGGGAAAAGGAAAAGUUUACCGCGAAAUAGCCUAGACUCAAGAUGCUUUGGAUAAAAUACUGAUUCAAUUUAUAACUGCAUUAUAACUCCAUUGGCACUGGCAAGUAAUUGUAUGACGUUAGACAAAGUAAAACGCUGGUAAUAUCCACGCAUCGUCUUCUGAAUAACGCAAAAGCAUUUGACACUUAUUAAUGAAAAUUUCGUGUAUAAUAUUAAUAUUUUUAAACGAACUCAUCAAAAGGUGUUGAGAUUUUAAUUUUCGCGACGAAAUUGAAUUUUAAUCUU